AUAUAUUUAUAAUAAAUUCUAGUUUUAUUUAUUAGAUACUAUAGCAUUUAAUCAUUAGACAUUAGUUCUUAUUUAUUAGAUACUAGCAUGUAGACAUUAGGCACUUAUUAAAAUGAUUCUAGUACUUUUUCAUUAUUGAUACUAGUACCUGUUUAAUAAAUAUUAGUAGUUAUUUAUUUGGCACUGUUACUUGUUUAUCACACAUUAUCAUCAUAUGUAUAUAUAACUGGUACUAGUCACAAAAGCUUAUUAUUACUUGACUACACUCUAAAAAUUCUGAGUUGUAGCCCGACGUUGGCUCAAAUGUGGACAAACCCAACUGUUUGGAUUACUAAUGAAAUAACUUUUAGUUCAUAUUAAUUAGAUACAAGUAUGUAAUAAGUUAUAGUAUCUUUUUAAAGGCACUAAUAACUACAGAUUAAGCACUAAAAGGGAUAGUUUAUCCAAAAAAAAAAAAUCCACUACUUACUCAUUGUUCACUUGUUUGUUCCGUUGAACACAAAAGAAGAUAUUUUGCAAAGAAAAGUUGAUUGCUGGGACCCAUUGAAUUUGUCUUGAAUUGUUUUUCACCAAUAUGGAAGUGCUUCAAAAUAUCUUCUUUUCUGUUCAGAGAAAAAAAAAAAAAAAAAAAUAUAUAUAUAUAUAUAUAUAUAUAUAUAUAUAUAUAUAUAUAUAUAUAUAUAUAUAUAUAUAUAUAAAACACUCAAAUGUUUAAAACCACACGAGGGAAAGUAAAUGAUGAGGUAAUUUUAUUUUUUGGGUGAACUACCCCUUUAAUUAAAAAAGUAUCUAAAGUACUAGUAUCUUUAAAAAUAAACAUAUUGUAGGAACUAUUAGGAUCAAAAUAGAUCUACGAUUUAUAGCAGUGGUCUCAAACUCAAUUCCUGGAGGGCCACAGCCCUCCAGAUUUUAACUCCAACCAGCUCACAAAUGCUUAAUAGUCUAGCGCUCCUGAACACCUUGAUUAGCUGGAUCAGCUGUGUUGGACGAGGGUUGGAGCAAAACUGCAGAGCUGCGGCUCUUCAGGAAUCGAGUUCGAGGCCCAUGGUUUAUAGAGUAAAUGUAAAUGCGGCUUGCCAUAUCUUUACUGAUUGUUUUGACAUCUCUUUUGCCAGUGCAAUAUAGACAGUGCAUUCAUCUACUGUAUUUAAUAACUCUACAAGCUUUUUGUUAGCACAAUCUCCUUAUAAUGACUUUGUUGCGAUUACUCCGUGCCAUGCUUGAUGUAAUAUUUGAACUGAGAUGAGUAUUUUUUUUUUUACUUUAACUGUAUUUUGUAAACUUUGGACCUCCGGGGUGAUUUGAUUCAUUAUUUCAUCUGGUCGCCCCAGACUGGAUGUCUUUGUUGCCAGUUGUACAGCACUCUCACAUGAAUAGUCUUUAUGCACUGUCCACCGUAAACCUCUUCAGAGGGCAAACUCUUAAAGCAACGCAUGGAUAUGCACAAGAGUAUGAGAACCACUCAUGCGGACUCUUGAUUGAACAUACACACACACACACAUGCGCAAACAGACAUGCGCAGCUUCACGAGUGACCUGCUGCACUGUGAGUGGAUCGGCAUAUAAGAAACCUUUCGGAAGGUCUACAGAUUUAAUGAUUUUUCGGCAAACGACGCUGGUGUGUAACUUGAAUGUAUUGUCUUGCAAGCAAUGGAUGUAUUCAACCAAUGCAUUUUACUGUAAAGCAAUAAUCUAAAAACGAAUAUAAACGACGAUAUAUGAAUCAUGCGAGUAUUGUAUGGGAGAAAACGAUUAAAUUAUACCGUUCAUAAAUGUUUCUUGGGUGUCUGUCUUGCUUUUGGUCAUUGGGUGAGUGUUUGGCGCCCUCGCAUGUGUAUAAACGAAGAGUGCAGUUUUGGCCAUUUUGUGUUUUCUUCUAAGAUGGAAACACUGCUGACCUUCUGAAUCCCUUCCAGAGACUGUGGAGAAAUGGUGUUGUUGAAAUGUGCGCGUGUGACAAACUUUCUCCAGCGUGCUGUCGGAACGAAAGGACUGACAUACAGCACUCGAGCCAGAAAGAAACCAGGAUUUCAGCAGGCUAACGUGGUGAUCUUGCACAAGGAUCUUGCGGAUGACUUUGAGGCGUUUUGUCGAGCUAACAGUAGCCCUCUCCCGCUGCUGUACAGGAGCAAAUGUGGAGAAUGGAGCGCCGGUCCUCUCGCCACGGCAUCUGACAUCAGGGAGGACUGUCCAGAGUACUGUGUGUUUGAGAAUGGCAGGCUAAUGAAGAAGGUUUCUAGUUUGUCCUCCUUUACCUCUGAACUGGAGCACAUGGUCACUUUCUACCUCGGCUGUAGUUUUGGCUUUGAAUCGGCCUUGACAGCCGCUGGGGUUCCGGUGAGAAAUGUGGAGCAGGGCAGAAACGUCAGCAUGUACAAGACCUCAGUGCCUUGUAUUAAAGCAGGUCAGAUUCAUUGUCCAAUGGUGGUGACUAUGAGACCAGUACCAGAAGACAAGCUGGACGCUACUGCUCAAUGCACACAUGCCAUCCCACUGGCGCAUGGAGGACCUGUUCAUAUUGGAGAUCCUAAGCUGCUGGGCAUCCGUGACUUGUCACGUCCGGACUACGGGGACCCAGUGGACGCCCGCCCUGCUGAUGUGCCUGUGUUCUGGGCCUGUGGGGUCACUGGUGUUGAGGCUGUAAAGAGCUGCAAGUCCGCUCUAGCGUUCACACACUCUCCUGGCUGCAUGUUCAUCACCGAUCAAAAAGCAGAAGCCAUUUCUCCCCUCUCUCUGGAGCCAGCACAGCGCCCUUUGACAUUCCGCAUUUCCCAGGAUCCUCAGCAUUACAGCAUGGCCAGUGAAAGAGCCGUUCAACAAAUCCGAGCAAUUGAGGAGCUCGCUGUUGAAGACCCAGGUUCAAGAGGUAUCCGGGCCCUGUUCUUGCAGGAUGAGCUUCUGAAGGCCUGUCUCUCUCUGUCCCAUUCCUCCUCCGUCCUCAUCACCACCGGCUUCCCCACACACUACAUGCACAACCCUCCGGAAGAGACGGAUGGGCCGCCCGGGGCCCUCGCUAUGGCAGCUAUGCUUCAAGCACUUCAUAAAGAGGUGGUCAUCGUGACGGAUCAGCGGGCUUUGGAGAUGAAUCAGCACAUCAUGCAGGAUGCUGUGGAGAAAGGUGUGAUAAAGAGUGCAGUGCCGGUAAUAAGUUUCCAGAGUAAUGGGCCUGACUCAGCUCUUCACUUCCUGUGCGGUGAUGGAGAUCCCACUAAACCCAGGUUCGACCACCUGGUGGCGAUAGAGCGCAGCGGCCGGGCAGCAGAUGGCAACUACUACAACAUGAGAGGAGUGAACAUCAAACACUUGCUGGACCCCAUAGAUGAGCUCUUCACCGCCGCCAGCACUAUCGCUGGAAUCACCACCACAGGGAUUGGAGAUGGAGGUAAUGAGCUUGGUAUGGGUAAAGUCAAAGCAGCAGUUAAAGCCCACAUGCCUAACGGGAAGCUGAUUGCAUGCGAUGUGGCUGCGGAUUUCGCCAUCACAGCAGGAGUUUCUAACUGGGGUGGCUAUGCUGUAGCCUGCGCUCUGUAUGUCCUGAAUCUGUGUCCAGUACACCAGCGGUACCUCCAGAGGGGUUUGGGUCUGUCGCCCACACCUGAACAACAGAGCAAGUGGGCUGAAUGCCUGCCCACCGUAGCCAAGGAGGAGGAGAUGCUGCGCAUUUUGGUGAAAUAUGGCGUCCGCAGUGGCAAGACUGCAAACCUGGGACUGGAAGUGGAUGGAUUAACCUUUCACCCAUACCAUUCCGAUAUCAUACAACGGCUUCGUCAUCUCACUUAUGACUAACAUCAUCAUGCAGCCACAGCAGGAAACAUGAUACAGAUCUCUAUGUGUACUUUCACUCAUAUGUGAAUGUAAUGGAAAGAUCUGCUAAAUAAAAGUGUUUCAAUUUA